AUGCUUGGUGGAGGAAGCAGACAGGCGGCGGGUAGAUUACUAACUGCCGGCCGCUAUGCGGUCCGGGCUGUAUUCUCAGCCGGUGCCGUCGACUUUGCAACGACUUCACAGGAAGCGACAAAGGGCCCCUUCAAGAAAACAAUUCAAGAACAAGCCACAGCAGAUGUCGGCGAGAAGCAGAGACCAAAAAAGGGCCUCAGUAUCUACUCUUCACAAUGCGGCUUUGCAAAGAAUAUGAGGGGUGGCGCUAGCCAGGUACUGGUAAAGGAUGUAUACGGAGAAGAUGCGUGCUUUAGCAUAAUGGCCAAUGGAACAUAUGUUGUUGGAGUGGCUGAUGGAGUCGGGGGCUGGAGCCUGCGAGGCGUCGAUCCAUCAUUAUAUUCCACACGCUUAAUGCGGGAAUGCAAAAAGAUUGCUCACAGUGGAGAUUUCGAUCCAACAAAGCCGGUAACAAUCCUGGAAAAGGCCUACAAAACCAUGGACAACGAACGACCAAGGGUGGAUGGGUCAUCAACAGCUUGUCUACUUACCCUACAUGAAGACCGGUUAUACUCAGCAAAUUUGGGAGAUUCUGGAUUUAUUGUUGUGCGUGGCGGCGAGCUCUUUUAUCAAAGUAAGGAGCAGCUACAUUAUUUUAAUGCGCCAUAUCAGUUGUCGAGUGCUCCUGAUGGUGGUGGUUUCCUCAAGGAUUUGCCCACCAGAGCUGAUGAGUAUGACACGGAAUUAAUGCCCGGUGACAUCAUCCUGCUUGCCACUGACGGGUUGUGGGAUAAUGUUCCGCUUGCUACCAUCAUCAAGGAAUUGGAAGUGCUAAAAUCUGCCGAGAAACUGGAUUCGGCCUGCAACGCUAUCGCUCUUACAGCCCGUAAACUGGCAACCGACACUCGGCCCUCACCCUUUGCCCUAAAAGCCCUUGUCCACGGCCUAAGCUUUGAGGGCGGAAAACCCGACGACAUUACUGUCAUUUGCUUGCUGAUUGUU